GCAGUCCGGGCAGCGGGGCGCGGCUCCGGGGCUGUGCCCGGGCGAGCGCACACUUGACCGGGGGCGACUGAGAGCCCGCGGAGGGCGACGGAAAAUGUCGGAGCAGGAUCGUUGGGAAAGAUGGAGAUACAAUAAGUUGCUAGUACUGAAAAGUGCUGCGGAAAUCCAGUGGUUCCUUUCUCCAGUGAAGUGACAUAUUUUCCUCGGGUUAAGUUGAAAGCACUGCUUGGCGGAGACUGACUGUGGCUGAGAGUGGGUUUGUGUUUUUUUUGCACCGUUAGGUUUUGCGAAGAGCAGCGAUGAAGAGGAAACUGGCACUCUCCGAGAUGCAGUUGGUUCUUCUCGUUUUAUUGGUGUGGCUACCAACAAGAUCAGUGCUGGCUGACUCCCUGGAAGACGAAGCUAAGAAUAACAUCACCAUCUUUACAAGAAUUCUAGACAGACUUCUGGAUGGUUAUGAUAAUCGCCUCAGACCGGGAUUAGGAGAUAGUAUUACGGAAGUCUUCACUAACAUCUAUGUGACCAGUUUUGGACCUGUGUCAGAUACUGAUAUGGAGUACACAAUAGAUGUUUUCUUCCGUCAGAGAUGGAAGGAUGAGAGAUUAAAGUUUAAAGGCCCAAUGAACAUUCUUCGACUGAACAACCUAAUGGCCAGCAAGAUCUGGACUCCAGAUACAUUUUUUCACAAUGGGAAGAAGUCAGUGGCUCAUAACAUGACAAUGCCAAACAAGCUUCUACGAAUCCAGGACGAUGGGACACUCUUGUACACCAUGAGGCUUACAGUCCAAGCUGAAUGUCCAAUGCACUUGGAGGACUUCCCUAUGGAUGCUCACUCGUGCCCACUGAAAUUUGGCAGCUAUGCAUACACAACUUCAGAAGUGACAUACAUUUGGACUUAUAAUGCUUCAGAUUCAGUGCAAGUGGCACCAGAUGGCUCAAGACUGAAUCAGUAUGAUCUUCUAGGCCAAACAAUUGGAAAAGAGACAGUUAAGUCAAGUACAGGUGAAUACACAGUAAUGACGGCUCAUUUUCACUUGAAGAGAAAAAUUGGUUAUUUUGUCAUUCAGACUUACCUCCCCUGUAUCAUGACUGUCAUUCUGUCUCAAGUGUCAUUCUGGCUGAACAGAGAAUCUGUACCUGCCAGGACAGUCUUUGGAGUAACAACUGUGUUGACAAUGACAACACUAAGCAUCAGUGCUCGGAAUUCACUCCCCAAAGUAGCAUAUGCAACAGCUAUGGAUUGGUUUAUUGCAGUUUGUUAUGCGUUUGUAUUCUCUGCAUUAAUUGAAUUUGCAACUGUAAAUUAUUUCACAAAACGAGGAUGGGCCUGGGAUGGAAAAAGUGUAGUGAAUGAUAAGAAAAAAGAAAAAGCAUCUGUCAUUAAGAAAAACAAUGCCUAUGCAGUGGCUGUUGCCAACUAUGCUCCAAAUAUUACCAAGGACUCAGUGCUACCAACCAUCUCCAAGAGUGCUACAACUGCAGAACCCAACAAGGCAAAACCAGAAGCGAAGCCACAAGAAGCAAAGAAGACAUUCAACAGUGUUAGCAAAAUUGACAGAAUGUCUAGAAUAGUGUUUCCAGUCUUAUUUGGUACUUUUAAUUUAGUGUAUUGGGCUACAUAUUUAAACAGGGAGCCUGUCUUACUUGGCUUUGCACCAUCAACCUAAAAGCUGACUUGCACUGAGGACUUCAAGCAUCAUUCUAAUCAGAUAGGUUGUUCGCUAUGUACAGUCCGACUAAUAACUGCUAAUCUGUGAACCAUUAUGUACAGUGUGUAUAUAAAUGUCUUGUCUGUGUGUCUCCAAAGGAGGGACACAGUGUUAGUUCAUGGGUCUGUAAACAGAUAGCACCCAUGGCAAAUACAGCCAGCUCUUUAAAAGUUUAACCCAGGGGACUUCUGUUAAACUAGAAUUCAAAUAUACAGAAUUAUAUUCUCUCCGUACAAUGAGACGAAGAUGUGAUCCUACA